CUGUAAGGCAAACACUGUAUUGACAGCCGUUUCCACAACUAUUGACGAAAAACAUUGGAUUUAAUGUGAAUUUAAACUCAAUUAACGUUUCAUUGGUUUUAGUUAUCAUUGAAAAGUCACUGAAAUAGACACAAAAGACAAUGAAUUCUUCAUAUCAGGCGAUGAUUAACGAAAGGAAACGCAUGGAAAUGGAGGCCGAGAUGAGUCGGUUUGAACAGGAGAUCAGUUCCCGGCCGGCGUUUCCCAACAGUCAGCCAUCGUUUGCCGCGAAUCCCAUGCAAUCGGCGCCGACACCACACCACCAGUUCAUACCACACGCCAUACAAAGACAAUUACCACGACCUCAGCCAUCAGCCCAUCACCCGAUGCACGCCUCUUAUGACUCGCAACCAAACGUGAAUGCUAUGAACAGUGGUCUGCAGUCGACGGUUCCGGCGGCCAAUACAGCGCCCACGACUGCAACGAGUGGUGGCGCCGCCGCCGCCACCGGUGGCCCCGCCGUCGCCUCCAAGAAGUCGAAGUCGAAAGAAGACAAGGGAAAGAAGCCGAAGAAGAUGUUGCGAAUGGCGGGCGGAACCGUUUGGGAGGACAACACGCUGGCGGAGUGGGAUCCCGAAGACUUCAGGAUCUUUUGCGGCGAUUUGGGCAACGAUGUGACCGACGACGUGCUCAGCCGUGCGUUCGUUCGGUUCCCAUCUUUCGUGAAGGCGAAGGUCAUUAGAGAUAAGCGAAGCAACAAAUCCCGGGGCUAUGGGUUCGUCAGCUUUAAGGACCCGCAGGACUUCACGCGCGCUAUCAAAGAGAUGAACGAUAAGCGAAGCAACAAAUCCCGGGGCUAUGGGUUCGUCAGCUUUAAGGACCCGCAGGACUUCACGCGCGCUAUCAAAGAGAUGAACGAUGUGUUUUGA